UAGCCGUAGGCUAAAAUCCACGAUGACUUUGUAUUACGCGGCAUUCCGAUAAGCACACAAACUUGCAGACAAACCAGAGGAGGAGUCAGCACACCACCGACCACCGCCCAAUCCCUUUAAUCUGUCGACUCCAGUCCGGCGUAUAGCCACGAUUCUCUGAAGCUUCCACCUUCCUCUACCUCUCUCUCCGUUGCCGUUGCGGUUCGAUGAGGGACGAUUGGGACACUGGAUUGCCGGGCUCCGAUCAGCCGCAAUCCGACCGAGAAUCCUUUAUUAAUUUCGAUUUCUCCUCUUCCUCAACUAAACCUAAGGACUAUUACAAUACGUUGGAGGUGGAUUAUGAUGCGACCGAUGAUGAUAUUCGAGGCAAUUACAUACGGCUGGCUCUGAAAUGGCAUCCUGAUAAGCAGAAAGAUCAGGAUGUUGCAACUUCCAGAUUUCAGGAGAUAAACGAGGCUUAUCAAGUUUUGAGUGAUCCCAUCAAGAGGAGAGAAUACGACAACAAAGGCAUGCUGUACACAUAUGAUUACACCGUAGUUGAAUAUCUCAGCCGUUACAAAGGGCUUAUAUUGACAUGCAAUGGCCUUGGAAUUAAGCAUUCAAUUUGGUAAAAAGAAGAAAAACAGACACACCAUUCUUAUUCCUAAACAUCCCUCUCAGUACAUGUGGGAACAUUUGGCCUAUUAUAUUAUCAUCUCAUCUGCUGACAUGACAAUUCAAGUUGCCCACAGCCAAUGCUUUCUACUUUCGGCUGGCUCUCUCAUCUUUGUAUAAAAUACCCAAAUAAUAACCUUCAUAUUUGUAUCUAUUACUUCACUCCUACCAUGUUCUAAAUCUUUGGCCUUCUUUC